AUGUCAGAUGUGCUGCCGGUUUCAAAACUUGAACUGAAUAACAGGAGACACUCAGAAGGAGAUACUCCAUUACGAACGGGAAGAAGCACUUCAGAACUUGCCGGCACAGGCACCACUAUUGAUGACCUUCCAGACGAACUGAUGCUGGAGAUUUUCUCGUACUUUAGCUUCAGUGAAAACGUUGAUGUUUUACAAGAGGUGUGCCCUCGCUGGAAAAUUCUGGCCCAGGAUGCUCACUUGUGGGUCGACAAGAAGUACGUUGUCGGGUAUCUAGGACUGACGGUGUUCGGACUAUGUCAGAUCGAAGAAGGAUGGAGGCUCCAAUCUUCAUAUACCCAUCGUAUUCAGGUUUUCCGUGGUUUCUCUAAUUUAUUUCAAGUGGUUGCUACUGUAAGGCCACACCCAACUACCUGUUGCAUCCUUGCCAUACUGUACUUGCUUUGCAGGCCCGGCAACAGCCACACACUCACUGACCCUCCUACCUACCUUGUUGAGAGCGCAGACGAGCUUGCGGGUGAUAUUGCAGUCCUGCGAGUUCUCCAAACUGUGCAGCUGCCUCCAGGGUCAUCAAUGUCUGACUGUAAGGACCUGUCCUCAAGAGCCAACACAGGUACAGCAACCAGUAAUCAAGAGUCAGAACUAUCUAUCCACAUCAAGGCUAUUGAGAGAGACUCGUGAAGAUUCAAGACAGCUCUUAGAGGAUUUGCAGUUUAAAAGUGACAUAAUUGUAAUAAGUGUGUAGAUGAGUGAUUAAACUGUUUUAUUGAAGUUGUUAUGCGAUUUUAAAGGAAUAAUAAAUGUUAA